AAGUCAAAGCUUUAAAAAAACUCCCUAUAAAUAAAGUUUGUAAAACAUCGCGACAUAAAGAAGUGUGGAGCCACAGUUGACUGAAAUGUAUUAUUUACCACAAGACUUGGGGUCUGUCUGUCUACCUAUUCUGCGCAUGCGUAGAAUAUUUAUAGAGAGGGGACACGACUAGCGUUUCGUGUAAAAUCGAGUCGGUAAAGUGUAGGAUAUUUUGGAGGCUUUUAAGAUUGUCAUUAUUUAUGUGUUUAAUUUUGUGUGUAAUGGAUGAUUUUAAAUUGUCAGAUAGUGUUUUAAAUUGAUUUUCAUGUUUUUUGCAUUUCGUUACUUGACGUUGUUAUAUAGUUGCAGGAGAAGAUAAGACGUCGAUAAAUGCCUUGAGAUUUUGAUUAAGAAACGUAUGUUUGGUAUUCUGUUUAUAAUUACAAAAACUAUAGCACUACAGUUCAAAAUGUUAUUCAAAAUAUGAUAAUAUAGUAUGUUGACGUAAUUUACUUUACCAGACGCGAUAACUUUUUUACCGACACUUGGCGUGUAGCACGUCACUAUAUACUCGAAUAGGGUAGUUCGCGGCUGUGCGGUAGUGGCCGCGCCCGCUUCCACGUUCGGCCCGAAACAGUCCGCAUUGCACUAUAAUAUAAGCUCAUUAAUAUCGAACCUAAAAUGCAAUUACCCAAAAGUUGCAAGUGACGCGUCCUUGUCAAGUGUUUUAAUUAAAAGUGCGAGCGAUUUUGACACAUGUGGCAGAGGGGAAUAAGAUUCAAUACCGCUUGGCACAAGCCCGGAUAGCUCAGUGAAAAACAGCCCUUUGUGCGUCGGAAUGACACGGUACCUUAUUGGCAUGUGACGCGGGUGCUGUGAGCGGCAUGCGAGGCGAGCGCUCUAAGCGGGCCGCGGCCUCGCUCGCCGCGCUCGCGACGCUUCUAGCGCUCAGCUUGCCUCAGCUCGGCGCUGCUGAACUUACAUCCACCGAUCCACUAAGACGGGGCCUGUACGGUGACCUGUGCUCGACGGUAGCGGACUGCCACUUCCAGGACGCCGUGUGCGACGACGUGCAGAAGACAUGCCAGUGCCACCCCGACGUACCGAUCAGCGACUACAAGGACAGAUGUGGGAAACCUGCCAGCAUCAACGAGACAUGUAUGUUUAACGAGCAAUGCGAAGACGUCUACUUCAAGACAGAAUGCCGGAACGAGAGAUGCGCGUGCAAGUUCGAGAUGGUGCCCGAGGUGACGGUAGAUGGCUCUGUCAUCUGUACCUCGGUAAAGCCAGUGGAGGAGUCGACGAAGACUUUGGACCCGGCGAUGAUCGGCGUGCUGGUCGGCAUGGCGCUGAUGUUCGUCAUCAUUUGCGUCGUGCUAAGGCUCUUCAGCAGAGCAAGAUGGAGGGAAAACCGCACAAUCUUCAACACGCCCAACCCACGACUGAUGAACGUGUCCCUGCUAAGAGACUCAAAACUUCUGCAUUCUCAGGAUCGUCGUGGUUCCCGUGUCAGUGUUCGUCCUCCGUCGAGGCAGGCUAGUCAGCAGGAGCUUCGACCCCACUCGCCCAGUCCAGCACGCCACCAUCAAAGUCAUCAGCUACACCGAAAGCCCUCAGGAUCUCGCCGCGGGUCUAGAGCCAGCAGUGGGCAUUCGGCGACUUCGCUAAGAUCGGCCACUCUAAGGUCCCCGACCACUCCCGGGCCAACCUCAGUUACCGUGGAAAUCCGCGCUCCAGAUGUGUAAAUGUGACACAAUGACAGAAAACAAUAAAUAUUUCUAUUAUAAGAGAUGAAAAUGUCAAAUGUCUCAGAAGGAUAGGAGUGUAACCGAUAAUAUUAUGAGUAGAUUGGGAAGUGUGUCAGAAAGUCAUAAGAGCAAUGUCCAAUCCAUCGUUUAAAUAUUUUGUGAUAUAAGCCGAUGGUUCAACAAUAUAUUAGACGUAUAUUCAUCAAGUUAAUAGCAAUACUAUGCACUGUAUCUGUCGUAAAAUCAGCCACUUAAAAAGUGCCUCAAAAAUAACAUACAAUUUUCAAUCACAAAUAUAUAAUUUUCGUAAUAAGUAAUCAUAAUGACACAAAACUAGGAAGUAAUGUUUAAUGGAUAGUUAUUUAACACAUUCAUAACCCAAUUAAGUCACAUUUAAUAGACGUAGAGCACAGUUCAACGAUUUAUAGAUUUAUUAAAGAGUUAGGUUUACUUACUUAAGCUUUUUUAGCAAUAAAAAUGAAGCUUUUUGGCAAACAUUUUUGUAGUUUGAUAGUUUAAAAGGUCGAUUAUUAUAGUUAGGUCCAGUCGUUUCUUCUUUUCGUAAUCCCAUGUAAGUACCUAAUGCUAGAUUCUACUCCAUGCCAUAGAAAUAACGUUUAGCUUACAAGUAAGCAUUGUAGUAACUAAAGAAAAUAUUUUAUUUACGGGGACCAUCCUCCAGAAGGGAGCGAUCAGAAUUUUGAACGGUGGAUAUUUUAAAUAUAUGGUGGGAAGCUUCUACGCCGCUUACUAUACUAUAAGACUUUCAAAUUUUAGCUUUAAGAGCGAUAGUUUUCUUUUAACAAUUUCUAUGAGAGAGAGUUGUGAAUCGAAGUUAAGAUUUCUUUACUGAGUUCUUUAGUGUCGUUAGUCUUAAUAAUGUGUAAACCGGGGAAAUUUACACAUGUAUAAAAUAACUAUUUCAUAAGUUACUUCAUUGCACUUCUGAUGCUUAGACCAAAGUUUUAUGCAAUACGCACAAAAUGUGAGUACAUUUAGUGGUUCAGCAAAAAUAUACGACAGCAAUUACCUACAUGUUUAGGAAGAAAUAACAUAAAGACAAAAAAAUAUUAUCAUUAUCAUUAAAGUGUAUGAGUAAUACCUCAAUUACGGGGAAGAAUUGAUGUAUGACCGAUACAGAAUCAUUCACUAUGGAAACUAAAUUACUGGUGUAAGUACUUAACAAAGAUAAAAUAUGCUCACAUUGUGAAAAUGUAUUUCGUACACAGUGCUAGUUAUGUACCUAUUGAAAAUAUAUGCUGUAAUCUAAUUAUAUAAACUUUUAUUAUAAUAUAACUUAUACUUCCCAA